AUGCCAUUGUUUAGCAAGAAAUUUAGUGUCCCCAAGUUGCCUUCUCGCAAGGCCUCCAGCAUGACAAAUCUGAGCCAGCUCGACGCCAACGUGCACAGCAAUGAGUUCGGUCUCGACUACGGGGUCGUCAAGGCGCGACUAAGCGGACGAAAUCUCAUCUUCAAGGACGGGAGGUGGCGGGUCGAGGACGACCGGAGCGACAGCGGUGAUAAUCAUGUCAGCAAGGAGGCGGGCCAUUUGAAAAGCCAAAACAGGAAACUCUAUGAAGAAAACAAUCUCCUCAAGAUCAAAGUUGACAUCCUUCUUGAUAUGCUUGCAGAAACAACAGCAGAAGUUCAGUUGCAAGAAAGUGAAAUCGAGAGCCUCCGAGGCAUGAUUCACCGCAAGCCCACUUCGACGCUUUCCCAGCCAGCAAUCUCGGCCCCGCGCGCACUGUCGUGA